CAAAGUGAACAUGAGCGUGGAAAAAAAGUUAAACAAAUAAAAACGGUGAUGCAGCUUAGAAACAAACUAGAGUUACAUCGAAAUUGCCCGUUUACACUAACUAGUACAACAAAAACAAAAUACUAGCUACAUAUUUGUGAUAUUGAACGCUACUCACUAGCUCCCAGACGCUCUAUUAAUCAAACCUUGUGGACAUCGAACUUUCGCCAGACACUGUGAAUCGAGAAAACGACCUUGCACACCCCUGCUAUGGCUAACUUUUAAGUGGACUGUACCGCGUGAAGAUCAAGGAUUGAAAAUGUUCUCAUUUGCAUUGAAAAGGCACUUCAAUCCCUGUGUGGGUCCAUCAUGGCGAUCUCUGCAGUGGGUACUCAGUGGGUCCAGCUGCAUGGUGAAGAGGGAAUGUUUUUACACCAGUUCCAACCCCUUGUUGUCUCCACAAGUUCCCACGGCAAUGUCACUACUGUCCCCGAGACUAGCCUCCUCCAGGCUUCUGAGCCUCAGGUCCCUAAGCUUCUCUGCCUCUUUGCUCUGCCAGGGUCACCCCGUGCCCACGGCCCCUGGGAGAAGACAGGAGAACCAACAGCGCCUCAGCAUGAAAGCUCUGGCCUAUGCGCCCAAGCCUGCUUUGUACCUCGGCUUCUCCGGCCUCCUUCCAUUCCUAGGUGCCCCCCUCCUGAUGGCUGUGACCCAGUCCUACCUCCCUGAGGUGGCCUACGCCCAGGUGGUCUACGGGGCUUCAAUCAUGUCCUUCCUGGGUGGGGCCCGCUGGGGCUUUGCCCUGCCUGAGGGGAGCCCUGCCCAGCCCGACUGGAUGAACCUUGGCAACAGUGUGGUGCCCUCCCUGCUGGCCUGGCUGGCUCUGCUCUGCAGAGACAACAUCACAGAGGGAGCCCUUGUGGUCAUCAUGGGGCUGGGCCUGGCCCUGCACUAUGACCUCACACUGCUGCCUGGUUACCCCGGCUGGUUCAAAGCCAUGAGAAUCAUACUCACUCUGGUGGCUACCUUUUCCCUGGUGGCCACACUGACAUUGCAGAAGAUGUGCCCGGAGAAGAAGAUCAAGGCACAAGAUAAUUGACUAGGUCAUUACUAAGGGAUAUUAAAGUGAGCACUUGAAAGCUAAAUUCUCUCAUUGUGAACAGUGGAACUGACACUUGUGGGAUUUGUUCAGUAGGAGCAAACAGGGAGAAAACAUUUUUUUUUAAAUGGAAAUGGUGCGACGCAACAAACCUUUCCAAUAAAAUACAUUUUCACUGGA